ACCGGGAAGGAAGUCUUACCAGUGGAUCUGUUCUUCUACUUCGACUAGACUAGAUACAAUGAAGUGUACGUACUGCUCGGCGCCGCAGGGCCGGUGCGCAACCACGACCACCGGCCGCUCCAUCACGGAGUGCACCUCCUGCGGCCGAGUGGUAGAAGAGCGUCAAUACCAAAACCACCACCUCUUCCAUAUCCGAGCACAAGACAACCCUCUCUGCCUCGUCACCUCUGACCUCCCGAUCCACCAUGCUCUCCUCCAUCAAGAUGACGAAGACCCCUUCCAGCCUACGGGCUUUAUCACCACCUUCUCUACUUGGUCCCUCGAGCCAAGUCCGCUCUUCCUCCGCUCCUCCCUCUCAUUCUCCGGCCACCUCGCCGAGCUCGAGCGCACCCUCGAACUUUCUUCUUCUUCUUCUUCUUCGACGACGACGUCGUCGACGGUCGUGGUUGAUAAUCUGCGUGCCUAUAUGCAGAUCAUAGACGUGGCCUCGAUUCUGGGGUUGGAUUAUGAUAUAUCGGACCACGCGUUUCAGUUGUUUAGGGAUUGUUGCUCGGCUACUUGCUUGAGGAACAGGAGCGUUGAAGCACUUGCAACGGCUGCUCUUGUUCAAGCAAUUAGGGAGGCUCAAGAACCCAGAACCCUGCAGGAAAUCUCAAUUGCUGCUAAUGUACCUCAAAAAGAAAUUGGAAAGUACAUUAAAAUAUUGGGAGAAGCACUGCAAUUAAGUCAGCCCAUUAACAGUAAUUCAAUAUCUGUUCAUAUGCCAAGAUUCUGCACACUUCUUCAGCUUAAUAAGUCUGCUCAGGAGCUGGCAACACACAUUGGAGAAGUGGUGAUCAAUAAAUGUUUCUGCACUCGAAGGAACCCCAUUAGCAUCUCAGCUGCUGCUAUAUAUCUGGCCUGUCAAUUAGAAGACAAACGCAAGACUCAGGCAGAAAUUUGUAAGGUGACAGGACUGACUGAGGUCACCCUUCGCAAAGUCUACAAAGAGCUAUUAGAGAAUUGGGAUGAUCUGCUACCUUCAAAUUAUACUCCCGCUGUUCCACCAGAGAAAGCAUUUCCCACAACAGCAAUCUCCACAAGCCGCUCUUCAGCUCCCAGAGUUGAUUCAGUUGAAGUGAAUUCAGUGGAAAAAAAUAAGCCCCUGGAAAGCAAGACAAACAAGUCAAGUGAGGUCUAUGAUGCAAACCUUCAGGGCAAGGGCAAAGAGGACGUUGAAAGAAAUGAUAAUUCUUCUGGGGCUCAUACAGCUCCGAACCGGCAGCCACCUUUCAGGCAGCCCUGGCUUCAAUUUGGCAGUCCUGGUGUUAGGAUUGCAGGUGAGAAAACUAGAGGGGAUGUAAUUGAGGCCACAGUCUAACCAUCAAGUAUUAGAACAAAAGGUAGAUAAGCAGCCCAAUGAUAAGGACCAAAAGACUGCUGUCACUUCUUUUAAACCUAGCCAGUUUUCUAAUGGUGCAGCUCCAACUACGAGUACAAUCGCCUGGCCGUUCCAGCCUUCAGCUUCAUCGGGGUCUUCUCUGGCUGUUCCAAUCAUUCAUCCACCAAAGUUGCCACCAGGUUAUGCCGAGAUUAAAGGAACUGGGGGUCAAAAUGAAAGCAAAAAUGUCAAUUGGCAGGGAGAAGUGCCGUAAAGAGUAAGUCCUGCGCUUCUGUGCAAAGUAUAAUAUUUCAAAAGCUGCGGGGUUUCACUCUCAAAUCUUUUAAGGGAGAGGGAAUCUUGAUGGAGGGUACAAAUCUUUCUUUGUUUGGUGUUUGUUCAAGGUUUCAAGCAGGUUUUGUAAAAGGCUUUUAGAUGGAUGGUUAAUAAUUUGGGCCUCCAUUAAAUGAAGAGGGGAAUUGAGCCUUUUCUUGGAAAACUUUUUUAUUUUCUUUUUAGUAAGGAAUAUAAGUUGACGUGAUAAUCCACUUUAUUAGUACUGGAAAACGUUCCUCCAAUGAAAAUGUUACAUCUAAUUAUCCAAUAAUAAUCCUACUCUUGCAUU